UCUCCGGCAGAAAACCAGCUCUGACCCGCCCGGCACGCUCAACACGAUGCCGAAUCCAGCCCCGAAAAAGCCCACUCGCUCCCGCCCCAGAAGCACCGCAGCUAACCACCUUGCCUCACUCCUCGUCCAAACUUUUAAACCUCUCCCCCCAAAUUCCCUCCUCCGUCCGCCGACCCGGCUUCCCCGUGCGUUCUGAACCACCCUCGGCCCAUCCCCCAAACCCGCCAAUUGGGCCCUUUUCUCCUUUCUUUGCCUACCUGAGGUAACGAAGGAAAAAGAGAAGCUCGGCUUAGUCGCUACACAAUCGUCGUACUCCGACAAACCUUCAACGGGAGAGGAUGCACUCCAUCGCCAGGCCGGCGUCGCGCCUAGUUAUCCACGCCCGCCUCGGAACGGCAAACCUCUCACGAUGGAGGACCCUCGCGGCUCUCCCGCCUCCGCACCAUCAUAACUUCGCAUUGUCGUCAUCGUCGUCGCCCGCCUCUCGACGCCUCUACUCGGACCUGCCACCCAUCUUCGCUCCUCCGCCGCCGAAAGAAGAGCCAAAGCAAGCUUCCCCGACCUCGACCUCCUCGACGACGACGAAGAGCAGCGAUCCAUCCGCUCAGAGCUCCGAUGCGACAUCCUCAAGCUCUACCACAGCUCCCGACUCGUCCUCAAGCUCGACACCAGGCAAUGACACCACCACGAGCUCCUCGUCCUCCUCACCCAAACCCGACACCCCCAAACAACCCUCCUCCAACCCAGACGACCCCCUCCCAGACACCGCAACAAAAAUCUACACCGCCCUCCCCCCAGCCCUCUCCGAAAAACUCUCCCACCUCCUCGACACAGCCCAAACCCGCCUUCUAACCGCCUCAACGACCCUAAACACCCUAACAGGCUACAGUCCCAUCGAAGAAAUCAAGCGCCAAAACACGCUCCUCGAAACCCGCCUAGCCGAAGCCCAAGACCUCGUCCGCACCGCCCGCCUAACCUACAAAACCACAAACGCCAAACGCGCCACGACCCAACGGGAAGUCACCACCCUCCUCGCGCGCAAAGAAAUGUGGUCGCCCAUCGACCUCGAACGCUUCACCCAGCUCUACCGCCAAGACCACUCCCUCGAACAAGAAGUCUCCGCCGCGGCCGAAGCCCUUACGGACGCAGAACACGCGGAGCAAGCGCUGGGCCAGCAACUCAACGCGGGGAUCCUUAAACGCUACCACGAGGAACAAAUCUGGUCCGACCGCAUCCGCCGCGCGUCGACGUGGGGAACGUGGGGGUUGAUGGGCGUCAACGUCCUCCUCUUCAUCGUGCUGCAAUUCGUCGCGGAACCGUGGAAGCGCAGACGGCUUGUGCGCGGCGUCGUCGAGGAAGAAAAAGCCGUGCUCGAGGGCGUGACGGCCGAGUUGGCGGGGUUGAAGGCCGCGUUGGCGCAGAGGGAGGCGUAUGACGACGCCGCUACUGCUGAUGAUGUGGCUGCGUACAUGGCGUCCACCACGGCGGCGGCGGCGGCGACGACGGCGACGCCAGCGACGAUACCUGUGGCGGUAGAGGAAGAGACACCGCCGGUGGCUGCGACGGAACCCACGGCAGAGGAGGCGGAGGAGCUCCUAGCAGCAAAGGUCGAGGAGCCGGCCGUCCAGCACGAGAUGGAGCGCGAGGUCGCGAGUGCGCUCGAGGUCUUGGAGGAGCAAGUCCCCGAGACAAAGUCGUGGCGCGAGCUCCUUUCCAACCCAGAGUUCCUCAAGGCGAGAAUCGCAGAUCUGUACAGUGAGCGCCGCAUCGAUCUCCGCAUGCGCGAUGCGUCCAUCCUGGCUCUCGAGGGCGCUGCUGCUGGGGCGACGUUCGCGGCGGCUCUGGCAUUGCUGCUUGUAAGAAGGACAUGAAACAAAAUCACAUCACCACUAGAACGUGAUUGUAAAUACAACUGUACAAUAUGAUACCAUAUAGAGAGCAUGGGGGACAUCCUCUUUGAUAUUGGCACAAGAACAAAAACCACAGCAAUCAUCAGGAGACACGGGCAAGCAAUCAUGUCAUCCGCUGAAUGUUCCGUCUAUUAAAGAAGCUGCGGCAGGGGUGCGCAAAACCUCGCUGAUAU